ACACGCUUCGUGCGACGGAGAAGCGCGGCGGAGUAUCGGCGUCCGUGAGAAAAUGAUGGCCGGAGGGGCAGUGCAGCAAAACGGCAUUUUUUCCAAUCCGCACCACCACAAUCAGCAACCGCACAUGGAGUCGGACCCGCCGGACUCCCGCAAGAGACCGCUGGAGACGCCGACCGAGGCGAGCAGCACCAAGCGUACCAACACGGGGGAGGAAGGCGAGUACUUCUUGAAGGUGCUGAUUCCCAGCUAUGCUGCAGGCUCUAUUAUUGGCAAGGGAGGCCAGACCAUUGUACAGCUCCAGAAAGAGACAGGUGCCACCAUCAAGCUGUCCAAGUCCAAAGACUUCUACCCAGGAACGACUGAGCGAGUGUGUCUGAUCCAGGGCACUGUGGAGGCCCUUAACAGUGUCCAUGAUUUCAUAGCCGAGAAGGUCCGGGAGAUGCCUCAGAGCGCCGCCAAAACAGAGCCAGUCAGCAUACUUCAGCCACAGACCACGGUCAACCCAGACCGCAUCAAACAGGCCAAGCUGAUUGUACCCAACAGCACAGCAGGGCUGAUCAUCGGUAAAGGUGGUGCUACGGUGAAGGCAGUUAUGGAGCAGUCAGGAGCAUGGGUGCAGCUCUCACAAAAACCAGAGGGUAUCAAUCUGCAAGAGCGUGUUGUAACCAUCAGUGGGGAACCUGAGCAGAACCGCAAGGCUGUGGAGAUAAUAGUACAGAAAAUCCAGGAGGAUCCACAGAGCAGCAGCUGCCUUAACAUCAGCUACUCCAAUGUCACAGGCCCUGUGGCCAACUCCAACCCAACAGGUUCACCGUAUGCUAACUCAGCAGAGGUGAUGCCCGCUGCAGCUGCUGCGGCUGCCGCCACAGCCUCCAGCCUCUUGGGGCAGGCCAGUCUGGCAGGGGUGGGUGCCUUUCCUGCUGCUGCCAUGUCCAGCUUCUCAGGAAAUGACCUCCUGGCCAUCACGUCAGCUCUUAACACAUUGGCUAGCUACGGAUAUAACACCAAUUCCCUGGGUCUGGGGCUCAAUCCAGCUGCUGCCUCAGGGGUCCUAGCAGCUGUGGCAGCCAGUGCAAACCCUGCUGCUGCUGCAGCGGCCAACCUGCUGGCCUCCUAUGCCAACGACGCUUCCACCAGUGCCGGCCACCCUGCCACCGGCCUGGGAGGAUUUACACUGGGCUCACUGGCCGCUGCCACCGGGGCUACCAAUGGGUACCUGAGCGCAGCUUCCCCACUAGUAGCGAGUUCAUUAUUGGCCACCGAGAAGCUGGCUGAGGGUGCAAAGGAUGUAGUGGAGAUCGCCGUACCUGAGAACUUGGUGGGAGCUAUCUUGGGCAAAGGUGGCAAGACGCUCGUGGAGUACCAGGAACUGACGGGAGCCCGAAUCCAGAUCUCGAAAAAGGGAGAGUUUGUUCCUGGCACUAGGAACCGAAAAGUCACCAUCACGGGAUCACCUGCUGCAACACAGGCAGCCCAGUAUCUCAUCAGCCAGCGAAUCACAUAUGAGCAGGGUGUGAGGGCCACCAAUCCGCAGAAGCAAUUUAAACACUGUCCUAAAUCUACAACUGCGAAAAGAAAAGGCCCCCGGCUUCCAAGAUUCCAAGCAUCAUUCCCAGCAAAGAUUCAUCACUAUGAGUAACAUGUUUUUACUAUUAAAUAGUCAUCAAUAAUUGUUGGUAUGCAGUCUAGAUCAUUUCUCAAGCUCUACAUCUAAACAACCAAAGUGAACUUUGUGCCAUGGAUGAGCAGCUGGUCUGGCGCACUCACAGCAUAUACAAGUAAGGAGAUCCUGAAUGGCCCAGAUUUCUCAUUUCAUCUAAUUUCAACACAUGCCACUGUUUGACAAGCAUUUGUUUAACAAGUGAUCUAGAUUCUAUAAAUUUACAGUUUUCAAACACAACACUGAGGAAUAUCGCUAUUUGUUUCUAAAUGACCAAAAUAGCUGUUUAUCAAUAAUCAUUAAGCUGAUCUGAAACAAUGCUCCAGUUUCAUUAAUAACAGGUCAACACUGAAAGUGGUUGUAAUAGUUUUAUAUGUUUGGGGGUUUCUUGCUGUUGUAAUAUUUCUAACAAAUGAAGCUGACAAAUUAUACUUGUGUUUAUUCAGAGUAAAAAAAAAAAAAUCAACUUUUAAAAAAUUUAAGAACGUUUUAUGCUAUGUACAUAAAGAAAUAAAUUAAGGACAUUUAGAAAUUGCAAUGCAAAACUGUGAUUUUAAAACACUGUAGCGUGUACAGUGAUUUCUUUUUAUCAAUUUUAUGGUACUGAUAUGUUCUGCAUUACUGCAGUUGUUUUUUUUUUCUGUUCUUGAGCAUAUGCUUUAAUAAAUAAAUUUUUACAGCAUCCUGUCAGAAAUUAAGCACUUCUUGGGAAAUUAUGUCAUUUUAUUUCCACAUUAAUGAUUUACAUUAAUGAUUUAAGCGUAGGUGCAUGAAGCUGUAAUUAGAAUCACAGUGACAAAGAAGAUUCACCAUCUGUAAUUUCCCUUCCUGUCCUGCUUGUACACCAGUAUGUUGUGUGAGCAAGUUACACUGCAGAAUUAUGAUCAGUGAUAGAAAUGUGUGAAAAGACUGUGUGCUAGUAGGACUCACUGUGACUGUGCUGAGAAUCUUCUCCUCUCCUUCAUCACCAGUUUUGUUCCCAAAACUAAAGUAAAAAUUCUCCCCCUUUAUCUGUAUUUUGUUUGCUGCUUGUAAGAUAAAGCACUGUUAUAAUAAUAAUAAUAAUAAUAAUAAUAAUAAUAAAGCAAUACCAGGGUCGAGCCAAUUAUCGGCACCAUGAGCAGCAAAAGAAGCUGUGUGACAUUUUUUCGUUAGAAUCCGAUGAACAGUGUAUGAGGAGAUUUUAAAAAAGUACAUUUUCAAUCAUAAGAAAACAAUAUUUUAAAAAUAACUAAAAAUAAACUGAGCAGACACCCUCAAAUCAUGAUGCCUCUGACAAAUAAUAAGUUUGGUAUAAAUACGCUACAGCAUUACAGAGAUAUACCUUCAUGUCCCUUUUGGCAUGCUCUUAGUUGAAUUCAUUGAAACGUCAUUCGAAAACACUAUGGUUUAUCAAAACUCUGUGAAUAAUUUUUGGUCGUAAGUAUCUCUAGAUGAUGCAGGCAAAUUUCAUGCAAAUCAGACAAAUGGCCUAGAAGAGUUUGAAAAAGUUUCAGGUUUUUCAGAAAAUUCAAAAUGGCAGGAAAUUUUUCAUGACGGAAAAUGACGUCAUUUGGUGCAAUUGAAUCAUCUUGAGCAAAGGAAUUUUGUUUCUAGGACUCACGGAUCAAAAGUUAUUAACAUAAACAUGAGUGCAACUUUGGACAGUUAGUGGCGCUAGAGGGAUUGAGUUAGAGACUCCAAAUUUAACACAUCAGACUGUUCUCUAUCUGUGUGCCAAAUUUUUAUAACUUUCCCGCAAGCGUUCUACUGGCUGCCACAGACUCAAGAGCGGAAGAAGAAGAAGAAGAAAAAUAAGUGGAAGAAGG